AUGGUCAAGAAAUGCCUAAAAAACAAGAGUAAGCGCGUAACCUGUCACAAGCGAUACAAAAUUAUCAAGAAGGUUAAAGAGCAUCACCGCAAGUUACGUAAGGAAGCUAAGAAGAACUUAAACCGACACCGAAAGGAUCCUGGUGUCCCUAACAUUCUACCCUUCAAAGAAAGUUUUCUGAAGGAUGUUGCCGAAGCAAAAAUGAAGCUAGAAGAAGCAAGACUUAAAAAUAUAGAGUAUUCGCAAACUUAUAAGUCUCAGAAACAUGAAGAUGUGGCUCAUUCUAUAGUUCAGCACGAUGUUAAAGAUGUUAUAAACCAGUCUGACGUUAUAUUGGAAGUAUUGGAUGCACGAGAUCCAAUGGGUACACGCUGUCCAGAAAUAGAAGAAAUUGUUCUUAGGGAGAAUAAACGUUUGGUCCUGCUCAUCAAUAAGAUUGACCUUGUUCCGCGAUCCAAUCUCGAGGCUUGGGUAAAUUAUCUACGCAAAACUCACACGGUCAUAACAUUCAAGGCAAAUACGCAACGUCAGAGUAACCAUCUGUCAUGUGGAAAACCAUACCUUCUCAAAGAUGGAAAAAUGCCAACUAAAGGGUUCGGAACUUCUGAAUUAUUGUCUUUGCUUGCAAACUACUCCCGUGAUCCAAGCUCCAGUCUAUCUAACACUAACGCUCGUCUUAGCUUGACUGUUGGUGUUGUCGGCCUUCCGAAUACUGGCAAAAGCGCACUCAUAAAUACACUUAAAAGGCAAAAAGUGUGCAUCAGCGGUAAUGUUCCUGGUCUAACACGUCAGUCUCAGCGUGUACGGAUUGACAAAAACCUAUUUCUUCUCGAUACUCCGGGUACCUUGGUUUCAAAGUCAUCUGAUGCUUCAGAUCUUGUGUUAAAAAACUGCGUAAAACCAGAAAUGCUCUCUGAUCCUGUUCCAGCUGUUGAAGCCAUAUUGCGUCGUUGUUCACAAGCGCAAUUGGUUUCUAAGUAUAAGAUUGAAGAGUACAAUAAUGUUUCAGAGUUCCUAGUUAAGUUAGCACACCGUUUGGGUCGAAUGAAAAAGGGUGGUAUUCCAGACACGACCAUGGCAGCGCGUUCUGUAAUUAAUGAUUGGAUUAUUGGAAAAAUCACUUACUACACGGAGCUUCCAUAUACUAAUACUGCGAAAGAAAAUCUCGAUUUAUCUUUAGAAGACCAUGCAAUGGAUAUCUCUGAAUUUCCGACAAACUAA